GCAAUUAUAUUCUGUAUUCGUUUUAUGUAUAAGUAUGUAUUAUGUUUGUUUUUGUAAAAAAAAAAGAAAUUUUGAUGGAUGAUGAAGUAUGCUCAAUUUCUAUUCAAUACUGUACAAUCACAUGUUUUUACCAUGACAUUUCACCGCUUGUUUGCUAGAAUGCUUGUUUACAAAUGCAAAGUAACAAAAAAGAUCAAAUUGGCAUUUCGCGGCUUAAGAAAAAUGCGGCUUCGUAAUACAAUAGCUUCGCUUACUAAAAAUGCAGCGUUAUCGAGAAAAUCGGAAAUUAAGAAAUGUUUCACACCAGGUUUCUAACCAAACUUUAAAUCUAUUUUCAGAGAGACCACGGAAAAUGUCUGACUGGGGCGAAGAAGAUGCCGGCCGUGGGUUUGGUAAUGGGAGUACUCAAUAUAAAGAUAGUGAAGAUAAUGUAGAUGAUGGUGGAAAUGACUAUAACGAUAAUGACGCUGGGGAAGAAAAUCGUGGUUUUAGUAGGCGCGGUAGAGGUGGCGGACGAGGCCGUGGUGCUCGAAGUGAGAGACAAAGUGAUUAUGGUUAUGGUCGUAGGAAUUAUGAAGAUAAUGAAGAUAAUGAGCAAUCAAAUGAAUACCAAUCAGAAACAACAAACAGUUUUGUGCCAGAUAAUUUUGAAAGAGCUACUGUUGAAAACUUCCUAGCCGGCGCUCCGGAUCGAGUGCGAAGGUCAAAAAAUCUCCUCGAACUUUAUUGCUUAGCCCGAUACACGCUAAAGGCGUUCAAAAUUUAUAUUUCCACCGAAAUGAGCAAACACGCAGGAGCUGCAUCGACAGAUAAUAUUAUAAGAGAUGUUGGAGAUUACCAUGAAUUGGUACAAGAGAGGAAUGAUAUUGAUGAAGAAUAUUUUGGUUUGGUUGGUGCCGGAAAAAGCAUAACUAAUGGAAAUAUAGAAAUGUCUGAUUUGAUAAUUGGCAAAAAUAAAGCUGACUCAGAAAUACAAUUUCAAGAAGAUAUCGUUUUUGCUGCCAUCCAUCAAUCACAGCUGCCUGAUUUAUCAGAAAUAUUAAAAGGUCCAUCUGAUUCUAUACAGGCGAAAAAUUCUGUUACGUCUUUUCAAUGUAGAACAAACAGAAAAGGGAAAAAUAACGUUGUCAGUGUGGGUUACCAACAUGCACCUGCUCAAGCAGUAAGGUUAGCCGUUACACCAAAUAUUACAACACGAAUAACGGAGAAAGAGUGCGCUUUAAGAAAACGUAUACCAGCACGUACUUUUUUAGAAAUCGUCGCAAAUGAAGAUCCAAUGAUUGAAAAUGCUCGCAUAAUGGCGUUCAACUUCUUUCCAUUACGCAAAACGUGGGCUAAUGAUUCAAUGACUAGUGUAAGGCAUGUAAGACAGUUAGUGCCAUUGUCCACUGAGAAGCAAUCGCAGUUAGUGGAGAUCAGUGACGGUGCAUCAGGAAGUAUCAAUGUAGCACGGCAACAUGUGUCACCUAUACCUGCUGGCGGACUACCGUCAAUACAACUGGGGCAAUCACAAUUGGAAGGGCCAUCAACUGAUAAUUUCGAUGAUAAUAUUGAUACAAUCCAGAUGACUAGAGAUGUUUGGCCACCACAUUCUGAAACUGAUGGUCAACAGGAACGAAGCGACAUUGUGCCUGAACUGUCAGCAGAUGGUACAUUUUUUACACCGGAUCCUAUUCCGUUUCCCACGGGAAUAUCAUCUCGUUCAGAUGAGAGCGAGGAAAAGAGAUCCCAAUUAGUUCAGUCAGUUUCCGGCCCAUCUUCAGCACAUCGCGCCGACAUUUUAACAUCCAAGACUGCGACGUUGCCUUCGAUACGCGAAGAAGAAUUUCGGCAUACGUUGUUGCGUCGAACCUUUCGUGACACCGAUCUCUCUUCCACGCCAUUGCGCCCUUUGAUGAGCAUAGUUUCCAAUAACAGAAUCGUUAAAAAUGUUCAAAUCUUCCCAACUGAGGAUAGCACUAAACUUACUAAUAAUGACCUUAAGCCAGGUAUGGGAGACACGAAUUUGGAUAUAAAAAGCGGGGCGACAUCUACUUCAGCAGAUAUAAUUAAUGUGGCCUUUGAUGCGCAAACUAUUUCUAACCGCCAAGAUUUAGAAAGUUACCACACUGAAAUUACCUCAGAAGCAAUACACGCUACCGAAUCACCUAAAGAACCGCCGCUUGCAUGUGAAAAAAAAAAUUGGUUUGAAGUGCUUCGAGAACGGCAGGUCGACGUUAGUUAUGUGAAGGAGGUUGAGAAAGUUGCCCGGCGUCGUAAAAGACGUCGACUUCGUCCUCACCUAUUGCCAAUUGGCGACAAGACUGCUGUACAGCUAAGCUAUCAAAUGAAUAACACGGACAAAAUGUUACUAAUACCGCAGUUGGCGGCAGAUGACUUUCCAAUCCUUCUAGAACCGGUGUUGGUGCAAUCUGAAAACAUCUACGAAUCAGCAUCUCGUGAAGAAGUACCUAUGACUAUUUUGCAAAAAAAAAUUUACGAUAAUUUUGUAUUUGAACAUAUCGAAUCAAUCUCCACCAUUAUGGAUAACCUAGUUGAAUGGCAACGUGUGUUAAAGGCUUGUCAUCGAAACAUAGGAUCAACUACAUAUUCUACUGGUUUAUUGUCAGCAUCGUAUGCCUAUGACACAGACACCCUCAUUUAUGCUAAAUCGGAAUGUUUACAGUUAAAAUUGAACUUACUGCAAGAGAUUAUUCGCAAUGCAUCAUUCGAUCUGCUCAAAUCGCCUUUGUUGAAAAACAGACAUUUGGCUGCUGUAGCUUUUCAUUUUCUUCUGGAACUUAAAACUGCCGAUAUAAUACGAAUAAUGAACGGAUAUGUUGUCGAACUAAUAUGAAUUGGAACACUAGUAAAAUAACACGAAAAAGUAUAUGUAUUCCCUUUCUAAUUGAAAUAUUUGCACUCUAAAUUAAUUUUCUAUAAGUUAGUUAUGUUGUACUUAAAUUGAAAAAGCAAAACAUUAUCAAAAGUAAAAACCAUUGCAUUCUCAACGACUGGGUACCAGAAACUAUAAUAAUAGAUCAUUCUGAUAUUUUUAAAACCUAUUGAAAAAUAAACCAUUAAAUAACCUAAAUUGGAAAAAAGAAACAUUUACGCAGCUCUCUGCGGCGGUUAUUCUUCAAUAA